AUGGGGAAAGACGCCUCAAAGACCAAAUGCUUUUAUGUUUACAACCAUGGCAUCAUGUUUGUUCCUCCGUCUCAGGCUGCCAAUUCCGAGCAGAAUCUGGCCAUUGCUGCAACUGUUACCAUCUUCAACACUGCUCUCAUGUAUCACCAGCACGGAGGGGAACACUUUGCUGACAAAGCCUUGAAGCUGUAUCAGCUGGUCCGUGCAACUGUUGGAGUGGCGUACGGCACGGCAAGGUAUCCAAUACUGGGAGCUGCAGAGAUCUGCUCGAUAUCCUGA